AUGGCACGUCCCAGAAGCAUGUGGCCAAAUUAUGUUUGGAGAGCCAUGAUGGCUUGCGUGGUACACAGGGGAUUGGGUGCCCCGUUGACUCUCUGCUUGUUGGGAUGCUUGCUGCAGACUGUCCAUGUGCUCUCUCAAAAAUUGGAUGAUGUAGACCCAUUGGUGACCACUAACUUUGGCAAGAUAAGAGGAAUUAAGAAAGAACUCAAUAAUGAAAUAUUGGGGCCUGUCAUUCAGUUUCUUGGGGUUCCAUAUGCUGCUCCACCAACAGGUGAACAUCGUUUUCAGCCUCCAGAACCACCGUCUCCCUGGUCUGAUAUCCGGAAUGCUACGCAAUUUGCUCCUGUAUGUCCCCAGAAUAUCAUUGAUGGCAGACUGCCUGAAGUUAUGCUUCCUGUAUGGUUCACUAAUAACUUGGAUGUGGUAUCAUCAUAUGUACAAGACCAGAGUGAAGACUGCCUAUACUUAAACAUCUAUGUCCCAACUGAAGAUGUAAAAAGAAUAUCCAAGGAAUGUGCCAGAAAACCCGGCAAGAAAAUAUGUAGAAAAGGAGGUCCCCUUACAAAGAAACAGACAGAUGAUUUAGGUGAUAAUGACGGUGCUGAAGAUGAAGAUAUUCGGGACAGUGGGGGUCCCAAGCCAGUGAUGGUGUACAUCCAUGGUGGCUCUUACAUGGAAGGCACUGGAAAUCUGUAUGAUGGGAGUGUCUUGGCAAGCUAUGGCAAUGUGAUCGUCAUCACAGUCAACUAUCGGCUUGGGGUACUUGGUUUCUUGAGCACAGGGGAUCAGGCUGCCAAAGGAAACUACGGGCUCCUUGACCUCAUCCAGGCCCUAAGAUGGACUAGCGAGAACAUUGGGUUCUUUGGUGGUGACCCCUUGCGAAUCACUGUGUUUGGAUCAGGUGCUGGGGGCUCAUGUGUCAACCUGCUGACUUUAUCCCAUUAUUCUGAAGGACUUUUUCAACGAGCAAUAGCUCAGAGUGGAACAGCCCUUUCCAGCUGGGCUGUUAGUUUCCAGCCUGCAAAAUAUGCUCGAAUGUUGGCCACAAAGGUUGGCUGCAAUGUGUCAGACACGGUAGAGUUAGUGGAAUGCCUACAGAAGAAGCCUUACAAAGAACUUGUCGAUCAAGAUGUGCAACCAGCCCGAUACCAUAUAGCCUUUGGACCUGUGAUCGAUGGUGAUGUAAUUCCAGAUGAUCCUCAGAUACUCAUGGAACAAGGAGAGUUCCUCAACUAUGACAUCAUGUUAGGAGUUAACCAAGGGGAAGGGUUGAAGUUUGUUGAAAAUAUAGUAGAUAGUGAUGAUGGUAUAUCAGCCAGUGAUUUUGACUUUGCUGUUUCUAAUUUUGUUGAUAAUUUAUAUGGAUAUCCUGAAGGGAAAGAUGUUUUGAGAGAAACCAUAAAAUUCAUGUAUACUGACUGGGCUGAUCGUCAUAACCCUGAAACCAGAAGGAAGACGUUGUUGGCUUUGUUUACGGACCAUCAGUGGGUAGCACCUGCUGUGGCUACAGCAGACCUUCACUCAAACUUCGGUUCACCUACGUACUUCUAUGCCUUCUAUCAUCAUUGCCAAACAGAUCAAGUCCCAGCUUGGGCUGAUGCAGCUCAUGGAGACGAGGUUCCCUAUGUGCUGGGGAUCCCCAUGGUUGGCCCUACAGAGUUAUUUCCUUGCAAUUUCUCCAAGAAUGAUGUGAUGCUGAGUGCAGUAGUAAUGACAUAUUGGACGAAUUUUGCUAAAACGGGUGAUCCAAAUCAACCAGUUCCUCAAGAUACAAAAUUCAUUCAUACCAAGCCCAACCGCUUUGAAGAAGUAGCAUGGACCAGAUAUUCCCAGAAAGACCAACUUUAUCUCCACAUUGGCUUAAAACCAAGAGUCAAAGAGCAUUACAGAGCCAAUAAGGUAAAUCUCUGGUUGGAACUGGUACCUCAUCUGCAUAAUCUCAAUGACAUUUCUCAGUAUACCUCGACAACAACGAAAGUGCCAUCCACAGACAUCACUCUCAGACCGACCAGGAAAAAUUCCACACCUGUCACGUCAGCCUUUCCUACUGCCAAACAGGAAGAUCCCAAACAGCAGCCAAGUCCCUUCUCGGUGGAUCAGAGGGACUACUCCACAGAGCUGAGUGUCACCAUCGCCGUGGGGGCAUCUCUGUUGUUUCUGAACAUCUUGGCUUUCGCUGCUCUGUACUACAAGAAGGACAAGCGGAGACACGAUGUCCACCGGAGGUGUAGCCCUCAGCGCACAGCUACCAAUGACCUGACCCAUGCUCCAGAAGAGGAAAUCAUGUCCCUCCAAAUGAAGCACACUGACUUGGAUCAUGAGUGUGAGUCCAUCCAUCCACACGAGGUGGUUCUUCGGACCGCCUGCCCCCCAGAUUAUACCCUAGCAAUGAGGAGGUCACCCGAUGAUGUUCCUUUAAUGACACCAAACACUAUCACAAUGAUUCCCAACACUAUACCAGGGAUUCAGCCCUUACACACAUUCAACACAUUUACUGGAGGACAGAACAAUACACUGCCCCACCCCCACCCCCACCCCCAUUCACAUUCAACAACCAGGGUAUAG